GAAGCUUUCUUUGGUAUGCGACCUGUUGAGGGACGAAAUUUAGUGGAAGCAGUUGUGGAUGAACCAACUUUACCGCAUGAAUUCGAUAAGACAACCCUCGGGCAAGAGAAACAAACUGGAGUGUUUGAAUUAACCGAGGCUGAUUCUGAGGUGGGUGUCGACAGAAUCUUUGCAGUUCUUUUUUAG